AUGCCAAAGGCCAAGGUUUUGCACAAGUACAUCUUAAAGUAUUCGCACUGUAAUGAAGAGCCAAUAAGAGAGCCUGGAGAGCACCCCGAUACGGAGCUGGCUCCACCAUGGGUCUGGACCUGGCCAGUGGCCUUGUCAAUCGCUCACCUCAACCUUCCUUCUCUGCUCGCCUGGCGGCCCGUGUCGUGCUUUCUUGCUGCUCUGGCAGGAGCAUUCUGCUCGUGUCGUACUCUAUCUGUACUCAGCUCCCUCCAUCCCGUCGUCCAGUCUCUGAGGUCAACCACUUACCUCACCCAUCCCGCGUCAAUCGCCACCAUUUGCCUUGGUUCUAUUCCAUGCUUGACUUCCUCUGCCAACCUCUUCCCGCAAUCUUGA